ACCAAACCACACUAUCGUUCACCACUAUUGCAAAUAUAAACCUUCCUCUGCCACUCUUCUACUAGGUCGUCAAAAGUAAUGGCCCAGAACCAGAGCUCCGCCUCUCCCGAGAUUUCUGAGCCAACGCUCAAGAUUCCGAAGCUUGACCAUCACCAAAAUGGCGCUGUUUCCGGAUCCCCGUAUUUCCGGGUCAAGAAGCUGUCGGAGAAAGCCGUUUUGCCUUCCAGAGGCUCACCCCUCUCAGUCGGCUACGAUCUCUCCAGUGCUGCGGAGGCGAAGGUUCCCGCCAGGGGAAAGUCUCUGAUUCCGACCGAUCUCAGCAUCGCCGUCUCUCCAGGAACCUAUGCUCGUAUAGCGCCCCGAUCUGGACUGGCAUGGAAGAACUCAAUAGACGUGGGAGCGGGCGUGAUUGAUGCGGAUUACAGAGGACCUGUUGGGGUGAUAUUGUUCAACCAUUCCGAAAUCGAUUUUGAGGUUAAGGUUGGUGACAGAAUUGCGCAGCUCAUCAUCGAGCGAAUUGCAACGCCGGAGGUGGAGGAGGUUGAGGACCUUGAUUCCACCGUGAGAGGCUCCGGCGGCUUUGGUUCCACCGGGGUUUGACUUCCCAAUCAGCCCCCACCGGAUAAUCUUGUUAGGGUUGUAGUUUAGGACUUAAUGGUGCUUUUGUUCUUUUUGUCCAUGAAAGUAUGAAGUAAAAUGACUUUUAGUAUAAUGCUUUGAUUUCUGACAUUUAAAUUUGAAGUGUUAAAUCGUACCGGAAGUAUGAGUAUUUAUUUAGAAAUUGUCCUAAACAUGAGUAAAAACGUUUUUAAAUUCCAAAA